CGCGCGCUCGUCGCUUCUCGAGUGUUCCGAUGCUGGUCCUGGUGGCUACGACGCUGGUAUUGCUGGUGUCGCGGUGUUUGUCGUCAGAAGGGGAGGUGAUUACUUUAGGAUACUUGACGGGAUCUCAAAGGCGACCUGGAGAUCGAAGUUACUCCCGUCCAGGCCUCACCCUGUCAGGUGCACUGACAUUGGCAGUCUCGGAAAUCAACUCUUUCCAUCCCAUCAUCGGCGGACGGCGAUUGCAGUUCCGUGUGGCCGAAACAUUCGGCGAAGAGCGACACAGUGUGUUACAAACUGCCUUGCUAUGGAGGGAAAACGUGUCAGCCUUUGUUGGACCUCAGGAAACCUGCGUUCAUGAAGCUCUGCUAGCGGCUGCUUUCAACCUGCCCAUGAUAUCCUACUACUGCGCGAGGAGAGAAACGUCCGACAAGAGCCGCUUCCCGACAUUCGCUCGCACCAGGCCUCCGGACACCCAUAUCUCCAAGUCCAUCGUGUCACUGCUUCGAACCUUCGGAUGGAGACAAGUGGCUCUUUUCCACGGUGCACGGUUGGGUCCUGUGGCGGCUACAGUCGGAGCUACGUUACAGCAAUACGGUGUCCAGCUCCGCCAAGUAGCGUCGUGGAGUCAUACUUUCCACUAUGGCUACGACGAUAAUCCAUUCGAUAAGCUGAUCCAGGACACACAUCGUGAUGUUCGCAUUUACUUGGUGUUGGGCCAUUUCUUCGAGCACAUUGGUAUCAUGGCCAGUCUGGAAACGCAAGGACUCCUCGAACGAGGAGAGUACUUCGUCGUGGGUGUGGACACUCAUCAGUACGAUAUUGAACAGCCCAGGAAGUAUCUCACUGGUCUCCUCCGCGAGGAUGUGGACCCUAUGGUUGCUCGUGCGUUCCGGUCCUAUGUGGGAAUCGUAGGUUCGCCUGCUGUGGGUUUCGACGAUUUCGCUGUUGCCGUCAACAAGUACAUGCAGAUGCCGCCGUUUAAUAUCGUCAACGCUGCCGACGGCAUUGGAGGCAUAAAAAAGAUCCCAGCAGAAGGGGCUUACUUGUACGACGCUGUGUACGUCUACGCGCGUGCUCUCAAUGAAUGUCUCACCAACGGCGAGAACUACAGAGACGGAAGACUCAUGUUCAACUACAUGAAGGACAGAACGUAUGAAAGUGCUAUGGGAUAUAUGGUGCGCAUGGAUGAGAAGGGCAACGCGGAAGGCAACUACACUCUUAUUGCCCGUAAAGAAAUAGAUGGAUCACCGGGAGAGUAUGGCCUCUUUCCUGUCGGCAUGUUUCAGCUACCGGAAAACAGCUCAGACUUGCCGGUCUUGAAGCUCCUUUACGAUAUCGGCUGGGUAGGAGACGGACCACCUGUUGACGAGCCUCCCUGCGGGUUUCGGAACGAAAAAUGCGUAUUGUGGAAGAUUAUUCUAGCUAUCUCUGGAGGAACAGUAGCACUGCUUUCCAUUGUUGCUUUCAUUGGCUACCGGUACUGGGCAUACGAGCAAGCACUUGACAGUCUACUGUGGAAGAUCGAUUUUAAGGAAAUUCAAAUCAACGAGUUUACGCCUACUAACAAGACGACCAAAGCACUCCACGUCAUGCAACAGCCUCUCGUACAAACUUCGCAAGUGUCGCUGUCUUCGCAUCCCGAAGCGGAUUUCCGCUAUUCCACCAUAUACAGCCAGGUUGGAAUGUACCGGGGGCGCCUCUACGCAGUGAAGCGCAUCCCGCACAAACGCGCGCGUGUUGACAUCACCCGAAAGAUGAAGAAAGAGCUGAAAACGGUGCGUGAUCUGCAGCACGACAAUCUCAACGCCUUUAUAGGAGCAUGUAUUGAUCCUCCAAAUAUAUGCAUCAUCACAGAAUACUGCUCUCGGGGAAGUCUCAUGGACAUUUUGGAAAACGAAGACGUAACCCUCGAUAACAUAUUUGUGGCCUCCCUGAUAGCAGACCUUGUUCGGGGAAUGAUCUACUUACACGAAAGUCCCAUAAAGUCUCAUGGCGACCUUCGUUCCUGUAAAUGUCUUGUCGAUAGUCGUUGGGUAGUCAAAAUAGCGGAUUUUGGGUUGCACGAGCUGAAGGUCGGCGCAGACGUAUCUUGGAUUGCCGCAGACCUAGACAGAGAGUGCGAACGGUUCUUGUGGAGAGCACCUGAGCUUCUGAGGGAUCCGCAUGCUCCUCCAUGGGGCACAGCCAAGGGAGAUGUAUAUUCCUUCAGUAUUAUAUUGUACGAAAUAAUAGGAAGGCGAGGACCAUAUGGCCGAACUGCUUUGACACCUGCCGACAUCGUGACACGUGUGGUACAGCCCGAGAAGGAACCGUUUCGACCCUCACUGGAUGAACUUCCAGAUCAUCCGUACGACUGUGUGCAAGAUUGCAUGAUCGACUGCUGGCAUGAAGAUCCUGAAUACAGGCCUGAUUUCAAGGGAAUUCGAGCGAGACUUCGGCCAUUGCGAAAAGGCUUGAAGCCUAACAUCUUCGACAAUAUGUUGGUGAUGAUGGAGAAAUAUGCUACAAAUCUAGAAGCCCUCGUGGAUGAAAGGACGCAUCUUCUGGUGCAGGAAAAGAAGAAGACUGAGGCACUGCUCUAUGAGAUGCUGCCUAGGUCAGUUGCAGACCAACUGCGAAGGGGGAAACAAGUCCAGGCCGAGAGCUUUGAGUCGGUGACGAUCUACUUCAGUGAUAUCGUUGGGUUCACCAGCAUGUGUGCUGACAGCACACCGUUUGAGGUGGUGGACUUCCUCAAUGACCUGUACACCUGCUUUGACUCUAUUAUCGAGAACUACGAUGUAUACAAGGUGGAGACAAUAGGAGAUGCAUACAUGGUGGCCAGUGGGUUACCCUUACCCUGUCCAGGACAUGCGGCACAAGUGGCCUCGAUGGCUCUACACCUGUUGAGUGCCGUCCGGCUAUUUCGCAUUCGACAUCGGCCCACCGACACACUAAAACUUCGCAUAGGACUCCAUUCGGGGUCCGUUUGCGCUGGAGUCGUGGGAAGGAAAAUGCCACGCUAUUGCCUUUUCGGAGACACCGUCAACACUGCCUCGAGGAUGGAGUCAACUGGUCUACCACUGAAGAUUCACUGCAGUGAGGCCUGUAAACGACUCUUGGACAAAUCAGAACGCUACACCGUGCAGGAGAGGGGAGUCAUCUACAUCAAGGGCAAAGGCAACAUGAAAACGUACUGGAUCUUGGGCGAAGUUCCAUCACCAACUUCAGCGACGCCCAUACGACAUGUGCGCAGUGCAUGCAGUUCACUGCGGGUUGCUGGGUCUCGCAAGAAGUCCGUUCAUCAGCAACAUGCUAAAGGGCAGACUUUCGGCUCGUGUGGUGGUAGCAACACUCUGCGUGUCGAGUGCUAUAGCAAUGAUCUUCCAUCGCUCUGGCGGAAAGGGAACUCCUGUCCCGCGUUAGAAGCCCUGGAAGAAUCGACGCGGCAGAGGGACGAAUUGCCUCGACGCACACCUCCCGGGAACGGCGGCUGUCAAGAGCAACAACCACUGCUAUUGGCCGACUGUAACGAUCACGUGGCGCUCCAGUUAAUGCCUCCAUGAUGAUAGUACAGAAAGAGAAAACGCCCAAUACAGUUCGUACUCUUAGAGGAAUUGUGUACCUGGUAACUCUGUAAUGUGGCACCUGUCACAUACAUGAAUGCAAAAAACGAUGCAACGUUUGGCCGGCAAACGCUUGGAAAAGAAAGUCGCUGGCGAAUUCAAGUGAUGUUGCGUCGUUUUGACUUGUUUUCUCCUUCCCUCUUUCUCAUGUUCUGCCAAAUAUAUCACUAUAGCUAAUUGUUCGUAGGCUUUCGUUUUAAUCGUUAUAACGGCAAGGCUCCCCAUUUGAGUAAUGUACUAAACCCUUGUAAGAACGUUGGUUGACUUUCUUUAUUUUCUUUUAUAACCUUUAUUUUCCGUGCGACCAGUAUGCUAAUCAUUUUACACAGCAGCCAUCACACAGUAAUUGUAAAAUGCCGUUCAUUACACCGCGUUUGGCAUCGAGUAAUUUUAUUCUGUGCUAUUAUUAUUUUCCAACUUUAUCUUCCUCCCGAAAACAAGAAAAGGGACGUACAUUAAACCUUACCGAAAAUGUAUGCAUCGCAACCGCUAAUUAUUCUAGUCAAAAGCUACUACUUUCUCCUCGCUUAACCUCGAUUCAUGGCCAUAGAAAAAGAAAAAAAGCGACCUUUAAUCGGAUACCCUGACAACAUUCUACAUUUACGAAUAUUGUUCAGAAGCUCGCUUGUCAUAUUGUUAGGUAUAUUCUUCCUCAUAGAGGCUCCUCAAUCUUCCUCAAUGUUUUAAAUUCAGAGAGGCUUAGCUUAUGUUACGUUUAUACAUAUCAAAAUUUGUGUGAAUAAAUUCAAUGAAAUAAAGAAAUGAAG